AUGUCCUCCGCUUCCACUCUCCCCACCGAACUCAUCCAAUCCAUCCUCCUCCAAACCGACCCCGAAACAUACCUCUCCGCGCACCAAGCAUGCCGUUCCUGGCGCCGCGCCUCCUCAACUCCAUACAUGCUGCGUCAUGCGCUGCAACAGAUCCCGGCGUCUUUGAUUCCUCCUCUUCCUUACUCAUUUUCUACUCAUCAGACGGAGACGGAAAUGAAUGCGAAAGCGAAUGCAAAUCCGAAAACAGACACCCUAACGCCAGAGCAAUGGACCACGUAUUUCGCACAGAUUGCACGUCUGAAUCUGCUUAGUCGGCGACAUCAUAUUCGGAAGUCUGUUUGUAAGGUUCGGGGUCCUUGUCACGGAGCACAGAUGCCGUUAUGUCCGUCACCGGCGAGUUCAGUACAAGCUCGAUCAGAAGAUGGAAGGACGGUCGCUGUGCUGAGGGGGGCGAAGGUGCUUGUUUUUAGGGCUCGAAGGGCUCAUCAACCAUUGUCAUCUGAGUCUGAGACUGAGACUGAGUCUGAGUCUCAUAUUCCGGAAACCGAAUCUAGAAUGGGAUAUAGAUCUGAUUUCAAAGCCGAGAGCGAACAUGAUUCCGAAGACGAGAGUCAAGAUGAGGGUGAAGGCGAGAUGACGGAGAGCAGCGAAUUCACACUCUCUCAAGAAUUCCCUCUCGCAUCAUCCCUCUACCCGCAUUGGACGUCUGUGUGCCGCGCACUCAUGAACCAGAGCAUUACUUCCAAUGCCAGCUGGUCGGGGAAUCGCCGGUACUCGAAACAUUGCGUGGCGGUGUCUUCGCGAGGAGAGUUUGUGGCUGUGGCGUUGGGGAGGGUUGUUCAGGUUUAUUCAUCUUUCCCUCAUUCAUCCCGCGGUCAAGGGCAUCAGAAAGAUCUCGAUCGCGAUCCCCUGGAGAAUACACACCAGAGACCAGCCGAAUACGUCCUCGGCCAAAACACCGAACACAUCGCCUGCGCGCGGCCAUCAGACCCCACGGCUUACGAAGACACCGACGGGGUAGUCGAGGGUCUCGAGUUUGUCGACAACGACACGCUGCUGCGCGAGCAACUAAUGUGA